AUGCCGCUGUCGGCCGCUGGCGCCCCUACCGCCUCGUCGCUCGCCGCCCUCGCGCUGCAGGGCCCACCCUCGCGCGCCGCCACGUCCUUCGCCAGGUGCGCGCUGCCGCGCCUGUGGCAGGGCCCGGACGGUAUCCCGUGCCGCGGGGAGGAGGAGGAGUCGUGCAACCGGGUCCACGCCACGUGCGCGCGCGCCCCGAAGUUCGGCUCGGAGCCCGACCCCGACGACCUGAGGUUCCAGCGCCCGAAGCCCCCCUGCGAGCCAGAGCCGGAAGGCGAGGGCGACGGGGGCGUGGCCGGCGGCCUCUCGGCGCUGGCCACCGCGGCGAACGCGGCGAGCGCGCUCGUGGGCGAGGGCUCGGCCGGCGCGGGUUCUCCGCCCGCGAACUGCUCCGCAAGGAUGCUGGACAUGCCGUACGGGCUGGCGAACCCCGAGGCCACCGACAGAGACAUCAGCGCUCUCAGUGCCCUCGUGGGUAGGAGCCCGAAGGCCGUGAACGAGGUCAUGCCCAACACCGUGUGGGGCAUGGCUGUGCACGGCAUGUCUGGCACGUGGGCAUUCGACAGCCACGGCAACCACGCUGCCGACUACGUCUACGAGGUACCCCAAGGGAAAGGCGCCCCCUCGGAUUUCUAUAUCUGCGACUCACGAACAAAUCCGAAGGCCUGCGCGCUGAUCGGCGGAAACCUCCGCCACGCGUGCGCGGAAAAUUAUGACGCCCGCCAGUGUGACUUCUGCGAAGACAAAGGCGAGAUGCUCAAGUGCACGAUCAGGGGCUGGAACGCGAAGUGGGGGAAGUGGUCGAGGGUGCCGAUCUACCCGCGGGACCUGUUGGGGGAGCUGUAUCGCGGGGAGUGGCGGGACGUCAUGGCACGCCCCAUGUGGGCGUCGGUGGAGUUCAGAAAGGUCGAUCUGGUUAACCCACUGAAGAAGCUGCCGGACCACAUGAUCGGCGACGGCGCUGGCAAGCAGGGCUUCAGCAAGCCCGGCCCGCCUACCCAGACGCCAUCCACGCUCAACAUCUUCGCCGAUUGUAUGCCGGUGCCGCCGCCAGGGCCGCCCCCAUCGCUGCUGCCCGGCGGCGGCACCCGCCGCGCGGCGGCGGGGCGCGCUGGGGCA